AUGCUUCAUUUCACAAUUCCAGAUGGGGCCACCGGCCUGAGGGAGGUGCCACGGUCCCAGCUCGACCUGAGAACCGACGCAGAAAUCAUCUCCGAACUCAGCACCUUCCGCCCCGUCACCUCUGAAAAAAACGUCUGGGCAUUCUGGGAUAAGGGCAUUGACGCCGUGUAUCCCAGCUACAAAUGCACCGUUUUGAACUGGGUGCGCAAACUGGGUCCCGAAUGGACUGUCCGGCUGCUCGACCUCGUUGACGGCUCCCCAAACAACAUCUACAACUUCAUCAGCAAAGAUUGGCUGCCCGACUGCCUCGUCAAUAUGACCAUGGACGGAGCUCACAAGGCCCAGCAUGCGUCGGAUCUCAUCCGGCUGCCGCUACUCUUCGAGCACGGUGGCGUAUGGAUGGACGUCGGUAACAUGCUGCAUACCCAUCUCGACGACCUCUUCUGGAAUGCCCUUUCGGACCCUGAAUCUUCUUACGAAAUUGGUCUGUGGAUCAUCACCGGCCAGAUUAGGAAGACGUGGGGCAGCUUCGGCAACUUUAUGCUCGCUGCCAGAAAGGGCUCCAUCUUCAUCAAGAACUGGCACUACGGCUUCAAGGAACUUUGGAAGGGUCAUAACAAUGAACGCGGCUUCCACAAGCACCCUCUGAUUCAGGAGAUUGGCGUCGCCGACGGUAUGGCUGACUGGAACUUCGAGGAGAAGGUCUUGGAGAUGAGCGACUACGUGGCCCAGAUGCUCAUAGGCGACCGUACCAGGAACCUCCUCGAUGUGGAGACAGGUUGGAACGGACGCGAGUUUUACGAGACAAAGGCUUUCAUGGUAGAAGGCAUCAGCAACGGUAUCCUCGGCGCGAUGAAGACGGACUACGACGGGGCGAAACAGAUUGACAUCUUCACGACAAGACUGGACGAGCCAGACGACAAUAAGAGGAAGGCCGCCGAGGAUUUUGUGAUCGACAUGCUGGAGAACAGCCACAUGUACAAAGUGUACCACAACUCGGCCGGCGGGCUGCCUGCGCUGGGAGACUUGAUCAAGAAGGAGGGUCUUCGAGAUGCGGAUCACAGACCGGGGUCCUUUGGGGAGCUUUACAGAUAUGGAACAGUGCAUUGGCGGUCUACAAGACAAGUGGAGCAACUUUCGCCGCCUCCCAGUGAGGAGAAGCUGAUCCGAGCUACUCCAACAACAUCUUCGACAGCAAGGAGCUAG